UGGAGAUCAGAGUAAAAUCUGUACAGAUGUUGAGUGUGAAGAUGGUGCUGAGAGAUUCAGAGGCAGACUGAAGCUGAAUCAUCAGACUGGAUCUCUGACCAUCAUGAACACCAGAACCACAGACUCUGGAGAUUAUAAACUACAGAUCAGGAGCAGCAGAUUCAGCAUCAUUAGGAGCUUCAGUGUUUCUGCUGCUAAUGGAGUGCCAGUGUCAGUGAUGGAGGGAGAUUCAGUCAUUCUAAAAUCUGGUGUUAAAACAAACCAACAAGAAAAUAUUCUAUGGAUUUUUAAUGACACUUGCAUCGCUGGAGAUCUCAGUAAGAUCUGCACAGAUGUUCAGUGUGAAGAUGCUGAUGAGAGAUUCAGAGACAGACUGAAGCUGGAUCAUCAGACUGGAUCUCUGACCAUCACAAACACCAGAACCACAGACUCUGGACUUUAUCGACUACAGAUCAGCAGCAUUAGAAUCUGCAUCAUUGCGAACUUCAGUGUCAGUGUAACUGGUGGGGUGCCAGUGUCAAUGAAGACAGGAGAUUUAGUCACUCUACACACUGGUGUUAAAACAAACCCACAGGAAAAGAUUAGAUGGUAUUUUAAUGACAUUCUCAUUGCUGAAAGCACUGGCAAUCUCAGUAAGAUCUGUACUAAUGUCCGGUGUAAAGAGAGAUUCAAAGACAGACUGAAGCUGGAUGAGUUUGGAUCUCUGGCCAUCAUGAACAUCAGAACUGAAGAUGCUGGAGUUUAUAAACUAAAGAUCAGUGGCAGCCUCGUAAAGAUCUUCGGUGUUUCUGUCACUAGUUAUUCUGUUGGUUCAGGCAAAGUAUCAGUGAAGGAGGGAGAUUCUGUCACUUUACACACUGAUGUUGAAACAAACCAACAAGAAGAGAUUAUAUGGCGUUUUAAUGACAUUCUCAUCGCUGAAAUCACUGGAGAUCUCAUUUAUAUCUGUACAGAUGUUCAGUGUAAUGAAGGUAAUGAGAGAUUCAGAGACAGACUGAAGCUGGAUCAUCAGACUGGAUCUCUGACCAUCAGAGACAUCACAACCACAGACUCUGGACUUUUUAAACUAGAGAUAAACACCAGCAGCAGCAGCAUCCAAAGUAAUGUCAGUGUUACUGUCACUGGUGUUUCUGCUGCUGAACGAGAUAAAAUGAAGAGAAAGUCAGUGAAGGAGGGAGAAUCUGUCACUUUAGACACUCAUGUAAUAAACAAACCAUAUAAUUUAAUGUGGCAUUUUAAUGAAACUCGCAUCGCUGUAAUCACUGGAGAUCAGAGUAUCUGUACAGAUGUUCAGUGUGAAGAUGCUGAAGAGAGAUUCAGAGACAGACUGAAGCUGGACAAUCAGACUGGAUCUCUGACCAUCACAAACACCAGAACCACAGACUCUGGACUUUAUCAACUAGAGAUCAACAGCAACAGCACAAUCCGCAUCACCAGUGUAAAGAGCUUCAGUGUUACUGUCACUGCUGACCUAACAGGAAUAUAUGCUGCUGUUUCUGCUGUUCUGAUGUUCUUGGUUGCAUCUGCUGGUUUCAUUUACUCUUGCAAGUGCCAUUCAAGAAGGACAUAAAUCAGGACGCAGCGAAGUCAUCAGGCAAAUGGUGUUGAAGACUCAUCCUCAAAUCAGACUGACCCUGUAGUGGCAAACACUCCUAAUGAAUCGUCGUCAAACCAGACUGAGCCUGAGGCGGCCAGUGAGACAUUAACAUAACCCUAUUUUUUAUUUUGAUAUUUUCAUUGAAAAGAAACAUGGAGAGGAGUUGAGAAAUGAGAGAAGUGGAUAAAGCUAUCAUUACUCAAAGAAAAAUAGCUUAUUAUAGAUAUAGCUUAUUAUAUUACAGAUUUAGAUUUCAGCAGUCAGUACCAAUACCAGUCAUUAAACACUAAAUGUAACUAUAUCAACAUGCAGUAUUGUUGACAAAAAGACAAGACUAAAAUUAAGUUUUAAUUUACUAAAAUCCUGCUUUUUUUCCCCAAAAAAAUUUGUAUGAGAAAUAUAAUAAAUCUGGAAAUUAGAUUUUGAGCAAA